AUGGCUAGUCUGACUAAACUUGAGUUCGUUGCCCUUCAAAGCUCGGGCAAGAGCUAUUUUUCAUGGGUACUAGAUGCUGAAAUCCAUUUGGAUGCAAUGGGUCUCGGAGACACUAUUAAACUUGAAAAUAAAGCAUCAAAACAAGAUUGUGCUAAAACAAUGAUAUUCUUGCGUCAUCAUAUUAACGAAAAUUUAAAAAUUGAAUAUCUCACAGUCAUACAUCCAAAGGCACAAUAUGAAUGGAUGCAUUUAAGGAUACAAGACUUUAAGUCUAUUCAUGAAUACAAUUCUGCUAUGUUCAGAAUUACUUCUCAAUUGAAACUAUGUGGAGAUACGAUUAGUGAUAUUGAUAUGUUGGAAAAAAUGUUCUCCACAUUUCAUGCCUCGAAUGUGCUUCUAGAGAAGCAAUAUCGAGACAAAGGUUUCAAAAAGUAUUCUGCACUGAUUUCUCAUCUUCUCGUGGCUGAACAAAAUAAUGAUUUGUUAAUGAAAAAUCACGAGAAUCGACCUACUGGAUCUACACCACUUCCUGAAGUAAAUGAGGUGUACUCCCAUCAAGCUAGACGUGGAAGAGGUCGUGGUUCUGAUCGUGGACGUGGACGUGACCAUAAUUAUGACCAAGAAUGA